CGCCACCAUGCCCAAGAGAAAGGCUGAAGGGGAUGCUAAAGGAGAUAAUGCCAAGGUGAAGGACGAAUCACACAGAAGAUCCACGAGGUCGUCCGCUAAACCUGCUCCUCCAAAGCCAGAACCCAAGCCUAAAAAGGCCCCUGCAAAGAAGGGAGAGAAAGUACCCAAAGGGAAAAAGGGAAAAGCUGAUGCUGGCGAGGAGGGGAAUAGCCCUGUAGAAAAUGGAGAUGCCAAAACAUACCAGGCACAUAAAACUGAAGGUGCUGGAGAUGCCAAGUGAAGUGUGUGCAUUUUUGAUAACUGUGUACUUCUGGUGACUGCACAGUUUGAAAUACUAUUUUUUAUCAAGUUUUAUAAAACUGCAUAAUUUUACUU